AUGAUAGGUAGACUACGCCCACGAAACGGCAGUGAAGAUGCCAGUCGACUGCGCAAGGUCAUGAAACCGCUUAUGGAAAAGAAGAGGCGAGAGCGGAUCAACUUGGCCCUGGAAACCUUAAAGCGUUUCGUCGCGGAACCAAUUCUAAAGGAGGUGCACAUUGGGGCUCAGAAAUUGGAAAAGGCGGAUAUUCUGGAUCUAACUGUCAAAUACGUGCACUCCUGUGCAGCCAGGAAUUCCACACCUCUACCACCCCAGACCCCAUGGCUAAGUUUUCUGGCGGGCUACUCGGCGUGCGAGGCAGCCCUUCGUCACCUCCUCACUGCCACUUCUACAACGCUUCUCCAGCCUUACUUACUUCCACCCCGCCAGACCGCGGCGCUGCUGAUGGCCUUAGAGGCAAGAAAAGUGGCUGCUGCAUCGGCAUUCCUCGAUACUCUAGAGCAAAGAAGUGCUGUGACCGCUCUGCCAACACCGCUAUCCUCCUCCAACCCAGAAGAUCUAAGUAGACAACAGCAACAACAGGAACGGUCUUCGGUGUGGAGACCGUGGUAG